UUGUAUUUAUUGUUUUAUAUGAAAUAAAAAUUAAUAAAAUUUUCUUAUGCUGUGCUGAUGCAUCAAAAUGGUUAAUCAAAGAGAGUUUUGGGCUGAAAUUCGACGAAACAAUCCAAAAUAUGGCAAAAAACCAAGAGUUGUUCCCGCAUUUACUAUUCAAGCUCUUCAGGACAAUACAGUUGUAGCUAAACCACCUAAAUGUAGCCUCUACAAACCUAAACCACCGAAACCAUCAAAGUUUCGAAAAUUCUAUGAACGAGGACUCUUUCCCAUUGCAUUAGUAAAUGACGGAACGUCCGUAACAUGGAAAGUCAACAUAGAAGAUUUAGAUUUCCAUCAUUAUCUUCCAAUGUUUUUUGAUGGUUUGACGGAAACAGAACCACCUUAUAAAUUUCUUGUUGAACAAGGAAUAUCAGACAUGCUGGAACAUGGUGGACCUAAAAUAUUGCCGGUGGUUCCACAAUUAAUUAUUCCAAUUAAAAAUGCUUUAAAUACAAAGGUACCGGAAAUAAUUUGCACGACUAUGCGGGCAAUUCAACGUCUUGUGAAAUCAGCAGAUUGUGUUGGAGAGUCAUUAGUACCAUACUUUAGACAAAUUCUUCCAAUUCCUAACUUACUAAAAGACAGAAACUUAAACCUUGGAGAAGGAAUUGACUACACUCAACAAAGAGGUGAGAAUCCAGCAGACUUAAUUCAAGAAACUUUAGAAGUAUUAGAAAAAUAUGGUGGUGAAGAUGCUUUUAUCAAUAUUAAAUACAUGGUUCCUACUUAUGAAUCUUGUAUUAUGAAUUAAAUAAUAAAAUUUCGAUUCGUAUGAUAAUACAAUAAUAAAACAAUUCGUUUACAAAAAGACAGUAU